CCCGCGGAUGGACAUAGGGGGGCUUCCACCUCCAAGUUACCAUCAGUGAAGCCCGACCUCCCCGUCACUGACGAUAUCAUUGUAAACUUUUACCAACCUGCGCCGCUGACACUGAGCUCCGACCAAGCGAGGUUUUCAUCUAAAUUGCAGUGAGAACUACAAGCAAAUGACCAGUGUUACAGCCAUGUCCCUCUGUCCUCCCACCCCCAUGCCUGGUCUAUAGUCAAGCAGCGACAACCCGAAUUCUCACUCACACCCCACCCGCAGCCAUUUGACCAACCCCUCCCCUCCCUGUGGUCACAACAUGGCCAGCAAGAGGAAAUCCACGACUCCUUGUAUGAUUCCCAGCAAGAUCAUUCGCCCUGCAGAGGAGCUGGACCGGGACUCUCCUGUGCUUCUCCGUCAGUCCAGAAUUUCUGGAGGGGACAGAAGUAGCCCCCCGGAUCUUGGAGAGUUUUCUAAAACAGAGACAGAGGAGGCUGUCAAAGACGGCGCUGGCACUUAUACCUGUAGGCCUUGUAACUUUGAAACCCAUGACCUUAACUUGUUCUUGGAUCAUGUAUACACUGGGCACCCAGACUUCCGCGCAGACCCCAGCUUCUUUUGUGUGAGCUGCGGGGUCUCAGCGCCCAAGUUUGAGGGGCUGGCCCUGCACAAUGCCAGGGUUCACCCCAGCACAUUAAACACUACUCUGCAGCUGAGGAAGAGGGACAGGAGGAUGGUGGUGGAGCAGAAUCUGGUGAAUGGGGCAGACUCGGCAAAGGACAGUGAGAUUUCUAUCAGCAAAACCCCAAUUAUGAGGAUGCUGAAGGGCAAGUCUGAGCCUAAACGGAUAGUUGUGUCUCACCCGGUUUCUGAUGAGCCCUUGUCAGACCCGCUUUCUGUCUCAGGCUCAAGAGACACCGAAAGAAAAGAAACUGCUGCAGUAACGGUCACCCAUGUUCCCACUAUUGUCCACAAUGGAGCCACUAAAGUCACCCUUCCCUCAGCAAUCCAGAUAGUCAAUGGCUCUGGAGCAUUACCGAUGCUCAAGACCCCCAUCACACAGGUGGUCUCUGUGGUUCAGAACAGAAACAUGCAUCAAUCUGCUCCCAUCACAGCCUCCACGAAUGUCUCCUCUUCAUCCUCGGCUUCUUCCAAAAAUCUCCCCAAGGUGAUGAUUCCUUUGAGCAGCAUCCCUACCUACAGUGCCUCCAUGGACAACUCCUCCUUUUUGAAGACCUCUUUUAGUAAAUUCCCUUACCCCACAAAGGCAGAGCUCUGCUACCUGACUGUAGUCACCAAGUUCCCCGAGGAGCAGAUCAAGAUCUGGUUCACUGCCCAGAGACUGAAGCAGGGCAUCAGCUGGUCUCCUGAGGAGAUCGAGGAGGCCAGGAGGAAGAUGUUCAAUACUAUCAUUCAGACAGCACCCUCCAGCUCACAGAACCAGACCCAGAGCCACCACAGUCCAGCUCAACACACCAUCACCGUUCUGCCUGCUUCACUGGGGGCUACAGGCAUCCCUCACAUCCUCCAGGGCUCCCUUGUCAGCCAAGGUGGGGUGAUCGUCACGCAGCCUGUAAUGGCCAAUGGUAUUCAGGUUAGCAGUGCUCCUGUAGCCCUCGCCGUCACACCAAAGCCCCAGGCAGCUGCCCGUCCCAUGAUGCAGGCCCGUCCUGCUGCAGCCCUGGUGGCAGACAAAGGCAUCAGCAUGGUGGUGGGGACAGUGGGCAGCAGCAGUACUGGAAGCAAUGUAAUAAGCACCAGUAAUAGCAGCAGGAGUGGAGGAGGGCGCAGCAGCAGUAUUAGUAGUAGCAGUCAAGGUGGUGUCAUCAACCUUAGUCUUGGAGGCAGCAAUCACGUUACCGCUAAGGGGAACAGUGUCAAUGGUAAACACAGUGGUGCUAAUGCAAAUUCAAGUGAUAAGAGCAAUAGUAAUCUUACCAGCCAUUUGACUGCUGCUAAAAGCAACAGUGACAGUAAAAACACUGAUAUCAGCAAAGUCAACAGCACCAGCAUUUUGCAAAGUGACAAAAAAGACACCACAGGCAGCAAAAGUCAUAACAGUAAAAGCAAAACCAGUGGUGACGGACAGAAGAGUAAAGAUACUAAUGGUAGCAGCAGCAAAAACAACACAACAAGCCCAGAUGACGUGGACUCAUCCUCCAGUGACUUGUCUGUCUUCAAAAUGGAUGAAGCUGCUUCUCCCGCCUCGAAGUCUCCUUCACCAUCCCCUGUAGGACCUUCCAGCAGCACACCGGGCUCUCGGACACUUGUCAACACAUUCCUGGACCCCAGCUUUUUUAAGAGCAAGAAGUCCCAGGAGCAGCUCAGCACGCUCAAGGAUAGUUUUCAGGUCAGUCAGUUCCCAGACCAGGAGGAGCUGGACCGCCUCAUCGCUCUGACCGGGCUCACUGCGCGAGAAGUUCGCAAGUGGUUCAGUGACCGCCGCUACCACUUUCGCAACCUGAAAGGGGCACGUUCCACAGGUGGACAGGGCAAGUCCUCAACAGCAGGAGGAACAGGGAGUGCUGCUGUGAGUACUCAUGGGAGCAGUACCGCUGGCAGUGCCAACCCUGUGGAUCUGUCUGACAGUAGCAGUACCUCCAGUGCCAAAACACCUCAGCACACCACUGCACCUCUGAGCCCAACGGCAACACAGACACCCACGUCUCCCACCACACCUUCCCGUCGAGCUCCCAGAGCACCCUCCCCUGACUUCACAGCGAUCCGGUACAAGGAGAGAGAACCUCACCAGGUGAGGGCUCUGGAGGCCAGCUUUGCACAGGAUCCAGAUCCAUCAGGGGAGGAAGUGGACAGACUGCGAACUGAGACUAAAAUGACCAGAAGGGAGAUCCACGGCUGGUUUGCUGAGAGGAGGAAGAGGUUAUCAGCUGAGAAAAAGAAAGAGGAGGUAGAGCGUGCGUUAAGAGAGGAAGAGGAGGAGGAAGAGAGGAUGGAGGCUGAUGGUGAGGAGAAACAGAAAGAGGACAGUUCAGGAGAACUGAAAGUCAACCCUAUUAAAAUAAACCUGAAGAUGCUGAAGGUGACGGAGGCCAACGGUAAACCAGAGAGUGAAGGGUCCAGCAGCCCCACUGUUCAAACCAGCAGCUCACCUGCCCCUUCCCCAGGCCCCACCCAGUCCUCCACCUCCAAACCAUCCCACACCUCCACCCCAACGCCCAAAUCCUCCCAGUCCCCCAAAACCACAACCAUCCGAGGCAGGAAGACGGCAGACCAGCUCCACCUGCUUAAACAGAUCUACGCCCGUACCCAGUGGCCCAGUGCUGCCCAGUACGACGAGCUGAUCGCGUCCACCGGACUGCCCAGGCCUGAGGUGGUGCGCUGGUUCGGAGAUUGCCGUUAUAUGCAGAAGAACAGCCAGCUCAAGUGGCUGGAGUCGUACCAAGACACAGCCUUGGAGGAAGACCUGCAGAAGGGGAAUGUACAGAUCCUCCAGGCCCACCUCAACGACCACGGCAGGUUCCAGGAGGCUAAGCUGCAGGAACUGAGUGAAGCCAGCGGUUUAACCACAGACUUGGUCCGGUACUGGUUUUCCACCAAGGCCACGUCGUUGCCCCAACUGGAACCAACCUCAGCCGCUCAGUCGACGGGACCCAUACCGGUCACACCGGGUCCAACGGCGGCAGAGCCUCAAACGGCGGGAUCCUCCCCCCUGGAGCCGCAAACGGGAGGAGGAACGGAGGAGAAGAUGGAGCAGUCUGUGUGUGGAGUCACAAAAGAAGAGGAGCAGGCGAACGCAGACGAGACUGUGAAUCUGACUAAAGGAACAGAUUGAAGAGGCCUUUGUCUGAGGACGGAGUUCACAACGCAGGUGGUCUUUGUGUUGGAAGUCUGAGGCGAAGGCAGCAGAUGCGCUUGAAACAGGAUCACUGGAUGGAAACGGACCUUGAAACCAUCCCCACCCGUCUCUUCUAGCUCACACCCCUAGAGGUAGGACUGGCCUCCACAUCGACGUGAGACGGACGCUAAAGCCACCAGCCCCCCCCUCCCCUCUCCUCAUCCCUCCAUCCACCCACUUCCCUGCCUUCCCUUCUCCCUCUCCAAUAUCCUCCCAUCCGCCAUUUUCCCUGUUGAAGGAAGUUCACGUAGAGACUGGAGUGCAGGAGGUGGAUGUGGCGGGAGGGGCGGCGCUGAUGGUGUUUUCUGCUGUGUUUGUUCUGCCUGCCUGCUGUGAUGUGAAAAAGGAAGAAAAAAAAAAAAGAGGGUAGAUAUGGAGGAAAAAAAAGGAUCACGUGUGGUUCAGAGUGAAACCUCAGCAGAUGUUGAGACUUUCUAGUUUGCUUUUGGGGUACGAAAAACUGCACAGCUCUUUGCUACAGGGUGCUUGCCGAAGCCUUAAAGUAAGAAAAACAGUUUUCUAUAAUAUCAACAUGUUCCUUUUUCCACUUCUGCUAUCGUGCACUCAAACACUUUGAAUCCAUGCUCGCGGCUUACUUGAAUGUGCUCGCUAGGCUGUCUUAUGUGAAACACGGCACUGAUGUUCAUGUCAUGUCAAGUUUUUUUUAUUUGGAUAUCUCUUUGUAUUCAUUUUUCUUUUCUAAUCUGUACAUAGUUUUGGUUCAAGAGGACAUGAAAUUGUUCAUUAUGGGGAAAACGUCUGGAAUUCAGUCAUCCAAAGAGGGCAAGCACCCUGCUGUCGGAAAAACAAGAAAAAAAAAGGUGACAUGAUACGAGAGACUAUGAAAAUAUGUUUGUGUUGUAGCAUCAAGUGCUUCUUUACGUCACUGACGUGUACGUACAUUUGUUUUUAUGGAACUUUCUUAUGAGAUAAAUUUGACUGUAACAGAACUGUGAACUUCUACCAGAGUUCCAUACUUAGGCUUGAUGUAUAAUUUUUACAGACGGUAUUUGCAGAAUAAACAGAAUGCAAUACA